AUGUCGUUACCAACCGUUACAGACGUCCGCUUCGAGCAUCACAGACCAGGCCAGGCUCUCGGAGUCAAGAUUGAACGCAUCAUCGGCGCCCAAGUCAACCACCUCGGCAGCGUCAAGGUCAUCUCCCCAGAAUCCCGCCUCGUGCCCUGGCCGCUCGAGCAGCCGCUGGCCUCCCGCACGCGAUGCAGCGUCAGCGUGCGCGCCCGCCAACAGGCACAGCAGGAACACACCGCCUGGAGCGAUCCCGCUAUCCUUGAGACGGGACUCUUGCAUCGGAGAGACUGGUCGGGGCAGCUGAUCUCUGCGCCGUGGGCCGGCGACGACAUUGAGACGCCCCUGCCCGAGGAUCUCUUCCGGAAGAACUUUACGUUUGACGCGCCGGUGCAGUCUGCGAGGCUUUACAUCACGGCGCUGGGCGUGUAUGAGGCUGAGAUCAACGGGACGAGGGUCGGCGAUCACUUUCUCGCGCCGGGCUGGACGUCCUAUGACGCCCAGCUGAUUUACCAGACACAUGACGUGACGGAUCUUCUUUCUUCGCGGGACAAUUGUCUCGGCGUCCGCGUUGCCGAGGGUUGGUUCAAGGGACGUAUCGGUUUCGAGGGCGGCCGCCGUAAUAUCUGGGGGCCGAGAACCGCCGUAUUGGCGCAAUUGGAGAUUAUCUUUGACGACGGCUCGACUCGUACAAUCACCACCGACGACACCUGGACCGUCAACAAAGGCCCGAUCCAGCGCUCCGAGAUUUACGACGGCGAACUGUACGACGCGACGGCCAAGAACCUCGUUGGCUACCUUCGGGUCAACAAAGUCAGAGGUCCCCGCGGCCACAAAAUCACCCUGCUGCACGCCGGGGUUCUCGAAAAGGGCGAGCUCGGCAUCCGGCCGCUGCGUGACUGCAAGGCCCGGGACAUCUACGCCCUCCGUGGUGAUGAGGCCGGCGAAUCGUACGAGCCUCGCUUCACCUUCCACGGCUUUCGCUAUGCCCAGGUCGACGACUGGCCAUCUGCAGAUAUUGACAUCCUCGACUCACUCGAGGCUGUGGUCUGCAAUACCGACAUGGAAGAGGCGGGAAACUUCACCUGCUCCGACGAAAUGCUCAACAAGCUGUACUCCAACGUCCGCUGGGGUAUGCGGGGCAACUUUCUUUCGGUGCCGACCGACUGUCCCCAGCGCGAUGAGCAGCUGGGCUGGACCGGCGAUCUCGCCCUAUUCGCGCCGACGGCGACCUUCAUCUACGAUUGCACGGGGAUCCUCAAGAACUGGCUCCGCGACUUGUGGGACGAACAGAAGCGGCAGGACGGCGUGCCGCCCAUGGUCGUGCCGAACGACUGGUUGGACCCAAACGCGUCCCCUCAUGAGCCCUGGAAGGCCGUGACCGACCCUCCUCUGGUCGCCAAUGCGUUCCUCAUCUACUCUCUCGACGCCAUGUCACAGAUCGCCGGCUUGCUAGGCAAAGAGCUCGAUGCGACCCGUUACCGUCAAGAGGCCGCCGCAUGCCGUCUCGAGUUCGCCGCCGAGUACGUGUCGCCAAACAGCCGCCUCCCGUCGGACACGCAGACUGUCUACGCUCUCGCCAUCACAUUUAACCUCCUGACACCCGCUCAACUUGGCCGCGCCGGUGACCGCCUUGCCGAGAUUGUCCGGCGCAACACGUUCCGCGUCGGUACCGGCUUCGCUGGCACCCCGUACAUCUGCGAGGCGCUGGCCCAGACGGGCCACUCCGACGUCGCGUAUGCCAUGCUGACUGAGCGGGCGUGUCCGUCGUGGCUGUUCCCCGUCACCAUGGGCGCGACGACCAUGUGGGAGCGCUGGGACAGCAUGCGCCCCGACGGCAGCGUCAACCCGGGCGACAUGACGAGCUUCAACCACUACGCGUACGGCGCCGUGGCCAAAUUCAUGGUCGAGCGUCUUGCCGGUCUCAAGCGGGCGGAAGCUGGGUGGAAGAGAGCAAGGACGGAGCCAGAGGUUGGUGGAGACUUCACGUGGGCGAGGGCAGAGCAUCUGACGCCCUAUGGACGGAUCGCCAGUUCGUGGCGGCUCGAGGGCAACGAGGGCAACUUGACGCUUACCAUUGACGUGGUUGUGCCGCCGACUACGGAGAUGGAGGUCGUGAUCCCUGGCGACGAACCGAGGACCGAGAUUGUCGGCUCGGGAGAGUGGUCGUUCAGCGUACCGUUUACGAGGCGGUAUGAAUGGCCUGUCAAGCCCAUCUCGGCCAUGCCUGCGCUGGCGAGACUGCUGAAGCUGCUCGCACCAUGGUCGACGUCGCCCGAGCGCCGCGGCGGCCUGGCGCUGGAUCUCGCCGUAUACUCGCCCAGCGACGCGAAGCAGACGUCCAACGAACUUAGCUUGACGGCACACUAUGCAUUUACGGCCGGCAUCACGCUGCCCAUGAAGCACGUGCGGGCUCCGCGUCCCGUCCGGCGAAGACGCGUGCCGGGUCAGAUGCAGCAUCCUCGACAGCAGACACAGCACUGCGGCAGGCACGGCAGGAGGCCGCGGACCUUCGCCACCGUCUGCGGCCCGGGGUGUCCCACUUUGUUUAAGAUCAUCCGCGUCACUGGAGAGGAGCAGAACAUGCCCCCAACGCCUCGUCACCAAGCUCGUCAUACGGCGCCAGUCCCACCGCCCCGUCGGCUCGGCCUCCAUCGCCAGACUCAUCAGCACGUGCCUCGCGAACCUCGACGCGCUGCACAGCCAGCGCUGGCACUGCAGGAACGCCUCCAGCGGUGA